AUGUCCCAAUACCAGAUCAGUCCUGCUUCUUUCCGCAGAGAUGAUGGAAGUUUCACAGUCAGUGACGUUCCAUCCGGAUCGUAUGUUUUGGAAAUCUCAUCUCCAACCUACAGAUUCCAGCCUGUGCGGGUUGACAUCACCACCACAGGGAAGAUGAGGGCUUGUGUGGUCAACUACAUCAAGACCUCAGAGGUGAUCCGACUGCCGUACCCGCUUCAGAUGCGAUGCGUCGGUCUACAUUCAUACUUCAUCCCGCGGGAAACCUGGGGCUGGUCAGAUUUCCUCAACCCGAUGGUUCUCAUGAUGGUUCUUCCUCUUCUGAUAAUCCUUCUUCUUCCUAAAGUCUUCAAUCCUAGCGAUCCUGAGAUGAGACAGGAGAUGGAGCAGUCCAUGAACAUGCUGAACUCCAACCAGGAGCUUCCAGAUGUCUCGGAGCUCAUGACCAAGUUCUUCUCACCACCCAAAAGUCACGGGAAGACAGGAGGCGGAGUCAGAGGCCAUAGGGGUGGAGCUCCGUGUGCAAAAUAG